CAUUUCCACGCGUCACCAGUGGGCGCAUGUUUGUGCGCCGCGCACAAAGAGAGCAGAUCCCGUCGUGGGAUGCGCACAUCGAGAAUCGCCGCUCAGUGGCACCGCUGUCCUCCUUGCUUGCUGGCAGCCUAUCUCGUGGUGAGACAAUUGGGGGAGAGGAUCGAGGAACACCCCGCUAAACUGCGCUUUAGCACCCACAGACUGUGGAAUCGCGGCGUGGGGGGGAUUUGUGGAGGUGGACGCGCACCUACAGGGAACAGGAAAGUGAAGAGCGCACGGGAUUACAUCUUCGGGUUUACAGACAAGCAAAUGUUUUCAGCGCACUAGCGGACAUUGGAAUUACAAUUAAAGCAGUUUCAGAAAAAGAAAAGAAAAGCAUCAAAAGAGAAAUUAAAACUCUUGAAUCCACAAGGAGAGAAGUCCGUUCACAAGUAAUUGGAUGAGAGUCCCAUUAGCCUUCUGCAACUAAAAGAUGAUGUUCCCAUGGAAACAAAUUGUUCUGCUAUCACUCACAGGAUGCCUUGCAGCCUUUACAGACGAUGUCAUAUUUCAAGGGCCGAGAUUGAGGACGGAACCACUUGACCUCAUUUUGCCGAUCAACUCCCCCAACCGGCAGGCCACCAUUACGUGUGAAGCAGAAGGGAGCCCACCACCACAGUACAGUUGGUCACUAAACGGAACACUCAUUGAUCUGGAGAAUGACUACCGGCGUCGCAUGUCUGGGGGCAGCCUGAUCAUUAGCAACCUGGACAAGGACCAAGACAGCGGCAUGUACCAGUGUCAAGCCUUCAACACUCGAGGCACCGUCCUGAGCCGCAAGGCCAGCAUCCAAUUUGCAUAUCUCCAUAACUUCAAAACGCAAACAGUGAGAAGUACGGUCAAUGUUCGAGAAGGUCAAGGAGUGGUCCUCUUAUGUGGCCCGCCGGCGCAUUCCGGAGAGCUGACUUUUGCAUGGAUCUUCAAUCAAUAUCCCCACUUUGUCCAACAAGACAGCCGUCGCUUCGUCUCACAGGAGACGGGAAGUCUGUACAUAGCCAAAGUCGAACCCUCGGAUGUGGGCAACUACACCUGUGUGGUGAACAACACCAUCACCAAGGAGAAUGUGCUAAGCUCUCCGACACCGCUGCUCCUAAGAAAUGAUGGAGUAAUGGGAGAAUAUGAACCCAAAAUAGAAGUUCAUUUCCCUGACUCAGUGCCAGCUGCCAAGGAAUCACUAGUGAAACUGGAAUGUUUUGCUCUGGGAAACCCUGUCCCAGAAAUAAACUGGAGAAGAACAAGUGGUGUUCCCUUCCCAAGUAAAGUAAAAAUGAAAAACUCCAACGCUGUUCUGGAAAUACCAAAUUUUCAGCAGGAAGAUGCAGGAACCUAUGAGUGCGUUGCGGAAAACCGACGGGGCAAAAAUGCCGCACGAGGUCGCAUUUCUUUCCACGCUAAACCUCAGUGGUUUCAGACAAUGGCCGACACAGUUCUGUCCAUCCACCAAAAGCUCUUCUGGGAAUGUAAAGCUAAUGGGAAGCCAAAACCGUCAUACAGCUGGCUCAAGAAUGGAGACCACUUGAUCACAGAGGACCGGGUGCAAAUCGAAAAUGGGGCCUUGUCCAUAGCUGCGUUAAACCUGUCAGAUUCGGGAAUGUAUCAGUGUGUAGCUGAAAACAAACACGGCGUUAUUUAUUCCUCUGCCCAACUAAUGGUGUUAGCAUCACCUCCCAGUUUCUCCAAAAGCCCAUUAAAGGCCCUGCUAAAAGCUCGCUUAGGUAGCGAAGUCACCCUUGAAUGCAAGCCCCAAGCCUCGCCCCCGGCAAUUAGCCUGUGGAAAAAGGACAACGAGAUGCUGCAGAGAAAUGAAAGAAUUACGCUAUUUUCCAGUGGAACGUUAAAGAUUACUAACGUAACCAGAAGUGAUGCCGCCAGCUAUACGUGCAUUGCUAAGAAUCAAUUUGGGUCGGCAAGUACGACUGGAAGGCUGCUCGUUACGGAGCCAACCCGAAUCAUUGUGAAACCCACAAACAUUGAGAUUAUUGUUGGCGAGAGCAUCGUGUUGCCGUGCCAGAUCGCCUGUGAUCCAGCUCUGGAUGUCUCUUUCUCAUGGACAUUUAAUGGCCAGCUCAUCGACUUCCAGCAAGACAGCGAUCAUUUUGAGAGAGUGGGCAGGACUGUAUCGGGGGAUUUGAUGAUUCGUAACAUUCAACUGAACCACGGUGGCAAGUACGUCUGCGUUAUUGACACCGAGGUUGAGAAUCUUUCCACUUCCGCCAUUCUGGUUGUUAAAGGUCCACCGAGCCCUCCAGAUACAGUGACGGUGGAGGAAAUCACAGACAGCACGGCACAGCUCUCCUGGACUCCCGGAAGGGACAACGGCAGCCCCAUCACCGGUUACAUCAUCCAGGGUCGGACGCCAUUCACUGUGGGCUGGCAGGCCGUUGAGACGGUGCCUGAAGUGGUAAAUGGCAACACACUGACUGCGACGGUGGUGGGGCUCAACGCUUGGGUGGAGUAUGAGUUCAGAGUAGUGGCACGCAAUAAUGUGGGCCUUGGAGAACCCAGUCCAGCCUCAGCCAAAACCAGGACAGAGGAUACCAUUCCUGAUACAGCCCCCACUGAUAUCGGAGGUGGAGGCGGCACAAAGUCUGAAUUAGUGAUAACAUGGGAGCCUGUGUCCGAGGAAUUGCAGAACGGCGAGGGCUUCGGUUAUAUCGUGGCCCUCAGGCCCGCCGGCACGGUGACUUGGACACGAGCCAUCAUCUCCACGCCCGGCGUUGCGCGUUACGUCUUCCACAAUGACACCAUCCCGCCGUUUUCCCCGUUUGAUGUGAAAGUGGGAGCUUUUAACAACCGAGGGGAGGGGCCCUUCAGCUCCAUCGGCACCGUGUAUUCAGCAGAGGAUGUCCCCAGUGUAGCCCCGAAGAGGGUUGUGCCGAGGAUUGUGUCUGCGACGCAAAUGGAAGUGAUCUGGGAACCUGUUCCAGCCAUUCCUGAAAGAGUUCUUGGGUAUGAGGUCAUGUACUGGGAGGACGACACCAAGCCCGACACUGUUGGCAAAGUACGCAUCUCGGGAAACGACACGGUUGUUAACAUCACGGGGCUGAAGGCGAAUACAGCCUACUAUCUUGCAGCGUCCGCCUGCAAUACGGCUGGCCCCGGGCCACAAUCGGUGCCGAUCAACAUUACCACAAAGAAACCACCUCCUGAUCGGGCUCCUCUCAACGUACAAUGGUCCAUGAUUGGCUCCACGCUCUCACUGCAAUGGGAUCCUGUUGUAGCCUUGGAGAAAGAGUCAAAAGUCACUGGAUACGUGGUGCUGCUGAAAAGGCACCGUCAUAACGAUAUGAACUAUUUUGUCACCAAUAAGACCUCCAUGGAGCUCAGCCUGUCCAGCAAUGACAACUAUCUCAUUCAGAUCAAGGCCACGAGUGAGGGCGGUGAAGGUGCUGGCAGUGAACCCAUCCACAUCCACAAAUUAAGUAUGGGAGCACGAGGCUCAGGGGCAAACUGUCUGAACCCAUUCGACCUCUCCGCAACACUCAUCAGUGCACUGCUCUGCUUUAUUUGGUGAUGUCUAAUCAGAAGCUCCAGUACUCCCGACAGCCCCUUGGAUCUGCCUGUCCGAAUGUUAUCCCUCCACUGGAGGGCCCAGGGUUCGGCAAUAGGCCUUGGGGAAUCCUUGAAAAGGCGCAACUGUUACGGGGUACAUAUCAGUCGAGACGUAACAAUUUGAGUGCAUGAUACCGUCCAAGAGUUCAUUUGGAGUUGUAAGUGCCACCACGCUGUUUCAUUUGCAAGGUUGUGACAUUGACAUGACUUGUCCAAAGUGUCUGUAAAAUAUAUGAUUGCCUUAAAAUCGAUUUUAUGAAAAAGGAGACCUAUUGAAUCGUUGAAAGAUGACCACUUUUUGAUUGCAAUUGUAUUACUAAUUGAUCAGUUAUGCCCCACACCAACACGAUUCUGCAUCCUAAAAUAAGAAUCAAUCUUCCGUCCAGCUACAGACUCGUGUGCCCCAGGCCUUUCUCUACAAUACCGUGAAAGAUGUUGCGACUUUCUCCCCAUCUCAUAAACCUUAAAUAAUAAAUGUCCAUCGCACUCGGCUUUCUCGGUCUGGUGAAAAGGUUGGUUUUCACAGAGGCAUGUGCUACCAUGUCAGACAAAGCCCAUGUGUAUUGUUCUUUGACUUUUAGAUGACCUACAGUAAGUUCUGUAUUUCACAACAUCGAUGAUUGCCUGGCCCAGGGCUCAACAUGGACGAUACCAUUGACAGUGCCUUCACUUGAGCUCAAACUUAAAAGUUCUUUCCGUUGCUCAGACUGCACAUUGCAGAAAAGUCCUCAUCCGCUUUUGCCCACAAAAUUAUCAUCAUGAUCAGGUGGAAAAAUUCAUGCUUUGAAAUUGUAGUGAAGAUGUCAAUUUGGUUAUUGAUUAUAAGGUAUCGUAUUUUCCGCACUAUAAGGCGCACCUAAAAACCUCCAAUUUUCUCAAAAGCCGACAGCGCGCCUUAUAAUCAGGUGCGCCUUAUAUAUGGA